GUGGCCAUGGUCUUGAUUCUGCUCAUCGCCAUCCCCUUACUGGUCCAAAGCUCCAAGGCUUCAGCCCACUACGAGAUGCUCGGCAGCUGCAGAAUGGUCUGUGACCCCUACAGCCCAAAGCCCAGCUCUACGGCGGCAGAAGCCAUACAGGAUCUGGCCGUGAUGUCCCCGCCACCCUUCAUCCACGGGAGCAAGGGCGACCAGGGACGCCGAGGUAAACCUGGACCCAGGGGACCUCCCGGUGAGCCUGGACCCCCGGGUCCAAGAGGUCCACCUGGAGAGUGGGGAGAUCUGGGCAAACCCGGUCCACCCGGGCCACCGGGUUCAGGGGCAGGGACAUUCAGCGCAGCUUUCCACAGCCCGAAGAUCGCCUUCUACGCCGGCCUCAAGAAACCGCACGAGGGCUACGAGAUUCUUAAGUUUGACGAUGUGGUGACUAACGUUGGAAACCACUACGAGGCUUCUACGGGCAAGUUCACCUGCACGGUGCCCGGGAUCUACUUCUUUACCUAUCACGUACUGAUGAGAGGAGGGGACGGCACCAGUAUGUGGGCAGACCUGUGCAAGAAUGGCCAGGUACGAGCUAGUGCCAUUGCCCAGGACGCUGAUCAGAACUAUGACUACGCCAGCAACAGUGUCAUCUUGCAUCUGGAUGUUGGAGAUGAAGUCUACGUGAAGCUUGACGGAGGGAAAGUUCAUGGUGGCAAUAGCAACAAGUAUAGCACCUUUUCCGGUUUCAUCAUCUACCCAGACUGA